CAGCGGAAACACAUCAGCUUUAAGGAUUGCAUUCGGGUCGACCGCAAGAAUUCACCCUCUCUGCUCAAGGAUCCGGCGGCAUUGCAUAUCCAUCGCUCACAUAUCAUCGCUAAUACAAACGAAAGAUUAACAUCAUGAUGCGAAUUACUCCACUCGCUACGAGAGCCAUGGCGUUCGCCAGAGCCCCUGCUACUCGAAGAAAUGUUGCCUUCACCUCUCUUCGUAUGAUGAGUGCUGCCACACCUUCCGUUGCCAAGGUACGAUGAAUCUGUGGAUUUGACGAAUGCAACGUAGUUUCACUUCUUUGAGUUUUCAUCCGUUUACGACAAAAAAGUGGCAGGAUGUAUAAGUUCCUCAGAACAUUGUUGUUCUAACAAAUGGACCCCUUCCAUUCCUCUCUUUCUUUCACGUCUCCACAAAUGUCGCUCCGAUUCUGUCCAAAUUACUUGUUUGCUCCGCAAAUCGUGUCUGCCUUUUUCCUGGCAAUCAACGAAACUUACAAACAGCCGACCAACCCAGAGUUCUCCUCCGGUCCCUGCAAAAAGCGUCCCGGAUACGAUGUUGCCAAAUUGGAUGCGCGAACUGCCGGACGUUCUCAUCGCUCCAAGAUUGGAAAGGAGCGUCUUGCCUAUGCAAUUGACGAGACGAAGCGCAUUUUGGGCAUUCCAGAAGAUUACCUCGUCGGAAUUGUCCCCGCCUCUGAUACUGGAGCCUAUGAGAUGGCCAUGUGGAAUGUUUUGGGACAACGCAACGUUGAUGUUUUCCACUGGGAAUCCUUCGGAAAGGGAUGGUUCGGUGAUGCCGUAUCCCACCUCAAUCUUCGAGACAGCGUCGAAGUGAACGAGUACACCGCUGACUACGGAGAGCUUCCCGAUAUGUCUCAGGCUAACCCCGAUCACGAUAUUUGCUUCACCUUCAACGGAACAACCUCGGGAGUUCGUGUCCCUGCUGGUUGUGACUUCAUUUCUGAUGACCGAACCGGUCUUACCUUGUGCGAUGCCACCUCUGCAUGCUUCGCAAUGAACAUGCCCUGGGAGAAACUUGAUAUUACCACCUAUUCAUGGCAGAAGGUUUUAGGUGGAGAAGGAGCCCACGGUAUGCUCAUUUUGAGUCCGAAGGCCGUUGAACGCUUGGAAUCGUACACACCCGAAAACCGCCCUUUGCCAAAGAUUUUCCGUAUGGUCAAGAAGGGAAAGAUCGAUGGAGCAAUUUUCAAGGGAUCCACCAUCAACACACCAUCGAUGUUGGCCGUUGAAGACUACAUUGAUGCCUUGGAGUGGUCAUCCUCCAUCGGUGGACUCCCUGGAUUGGUUGCGAAAUCCGAAUCCAAUCUUGCCGUCAUGGAAAAGUUUGUCGAGGACAACGAAUGGGUUGACUUUUUGGCAAAGGAUGCGGAAACGCGCUCGUGCACAUCUGUCUGCCUGACAUUGGACCUAACCCCCGAGCAAAUCAAGAAGUUCGUAGCUGUCUUGGAAUCCGAAGAUGUUGCCUACGACAUCGGUGGAUACCGUGACGCUCCUCCAUCCAUCCGAAUCUGGUGCGGAGCCACCGUUGAAAAGGAAGACCUCGAAGCUCUCGUUCCUUGGAUGAAGUGGGCAUAUGAGGCCAUCAAGGCCGGCGACUUGUAAAUCGCUAUUCUGGUACUGGUUGAAUAGCAUAGCCGCUACAAUAGCUAUCGCCCAGUAGAAUAGAGCAAUACUGACACUUGUUGCUCUGCUCGUAUACGUGGACCCACGCGAACAGACCAGAUUAGUGCACCAUCAUACCCUCUGACAAAUGAAGCAAUAGAUGAAGAACACACAAUGCAAAGAUGAGAGCGGAAAAUUAAAUUUGGGGUUACUGGGACACACCGUACAUUUACAAAUCAUGUCAUGUCCAUCAUGGUCCUACAUGAUGAUGUAUUGAUCACUACUACCAUAAGUAUUUAAUUUUUUUUAUUUUUUGGCAACUCUAGAAUAUCAGGAUAGAGACAAUUGGGUUCAACUUCUGGGAUGGGAUAAAGGACUACUAUUGAUUUUGGUGUAGGAGAAUUGAAGGCUCAAAAUGCAUUGUUUUGAUGUCUCGAUCAAUGAUUAUGGAAAUCUAGAUAUAAAUUGAUUUAAUUAAACAACAGUUCUUUAUAGUGCCAUGGGUUUAUAUUGGUAUUGCAUGGAUGUCGAUACAAUUUUUUCUUCAACGAAAGAAAAUGACUUCGAAGUCAAAAAUAUGUUCGAUUCUGCUACUGUAAUAUCGUAUCAAUCAAUGGUGCAGCAACCUUUGGCAUGAUGGUUAUCGACAAAUAUAUGGCCCUAGUCGCAACAAAUAGAAUCCAGCAUGCAUUCAUCAUUCGGACCUAGCCACCAACCAAGCCUGAUAUAACACAAAUAGGUUUGGUGCGCGAGCUAAAGCAGAAUACGACUUUUGAAUUAAGACGAUCGCCCUUGAUUUACACAAGGACUUCUCGGCUGUCUGGGAUCUUCGAUCUGGUCCGUGACUUGGAACGGGUCUUUGAAGAUCUUGAUUUGGAUCUCGAUCGGCGCGAUCGACUAAGGCUCCUUCCGGACCUCCUCGAGCGGUCUCCUUUGUCGUCCAUCAGCUCAUAAUUGCUCGAUGGGCCUCUGCUGCUGCUGCGGCGGCUUCGCGAUCGACUCCGACCAGAUCUCGAACGAGAUCGGGAUCGCAUGCUCCUCCCGUCUGAUUUGCUCUUGCUGGAAGAGCUGACCUUCUUCUUACUGGAUCGUCUAGACAACACCCGGAAUACAAUAAUCGCUACUAGGAUCGACAAAACGGCGGCCACGAUUUUGAGUCCUGCAGAUAGUUGGUUGGGCGAGACGUUCAUUGAUCCGUCACUUCUACUGCUGCUCGACGACGAACCCGAAUAGUCGGAAGCGCCAGAAUCAGUUCCAACAUAGUACGUGUCGUAAACUCCCUUAUUAUACUCUGCCAUGGAUGCAUCAUCAUCGUACCACCCAGCUUUGUUUUUCCAGUAUUCAACCUCCUCUGUUCGUCUCCGAAGGUUGUUGCGGCCAGCUUUCUCGACGCUCUUGCUCCUUUCUACAUGACCGUAGCUUCCACCUUGUAUUAAAAGAUUUAGUGUCUC